UUUUGCUGAUGUCGAUCAUUUUCAAGAGUUAUGGCCAGCUAACAACAGGUGGUAGUUUUAGUGCAAUUAUAUAAAUCUAGGGAAAAUCAGUAAAAACUUUAUUCAGUUCGGAAGUUUUCACAACAAAACAUUACAAAUGGCCAAAACGCGAAGUGUCGUAUUUUUCACGUAUUUAAUUCUCAGUUACUUAACCCUUGCCAACUGUGCCCCUCGACCCCAUGACGGCCUGGAGGACGAUGAUGAUGGCGAUGACGAGAGCAACUCCAUAAAUGAAAUUAUUCCCAAUUUCUUCCACCAAAGUAUGGACUAUAACUCGGUGGUGGGUCAUUUCAAGGAUUUCUUCAUGUAUUUGCCGGUCAUGUUUACCACGCUCAAGGAAACCAUGUCAGGAUUUCCCAAAUUUGCGGAGGGACUUAAUAUUCUAACGGCCGGUAUGUCGGGGGCACCACCAAAAUCGAAGGAUGAGAAUGAUUGCCAUUGCAAUCCCUCCCCGAAGCACACACAUUCAGAGCCUACCAACGAUAUCGAUGGAGCAGAACAAUAUAAAUGAGCGAGAAAUGUUGUGAUUUGAUGAGAGGUUUUUGAAUAAAAGAGAGAAAUUUUGUUGUUU